CCGGUGAGAUGCUUUCUGUUUAUGUUGUGAGCACUAUUGCGCUGCAGUUUCUGUGGCCUACACUACACCCUGUGGAAUGCAUAACAAGAACAUAUUAUAUUGGCAUAGUGGAGGAAGCUUGGGAUUAUGCACCGUCAGGCAAAAAUCUCAUUACAGAUCAGAAUAUAACAGAUGACCACAAUUCAGCAACAUUUUUGGAAAGAAGCACAAACAGAAUAGGAAGUGUAUAUAAAAAAGCAAUAUACAAACAAUUCUCCAAUGGGGCGUAUACCGAAGAAAUAGCGAAACCAGCUUGGCUUGGUUUUCUUGGACCAAUCAUAAAGGCAGAAGUUGAAGAUAAAAUUGUUGUGCAUUUAAAGAACUUUGCAUCCAGACCCUACACACUCCAUCCCCACGGCGUCUUCUAUAAAAAGGAUUCCGAAGGGGCCUUUUAUCCAGACGGGACUAAGAAUGGUGAUAAAAAGGAUGACUCUGUUGCUCCUGGCGGCCAUCAUACCUACACGUGGAUAGUGAAACCGGAAUAUGCCCCCACUUCAGAGGACCCAAACUGCCUCACCUGGAUUUACCACUCCCAUACUGAUGCACCCAAAGAUAUUGCAAGCGGAUUAAUUGGAGCAUUACUAACUUGUAAAAAAGGGACCCUGAACAGCUUUUCAAACCGAAAGGAUGUUGAUAAGGACUUUGUGGUAAUGUUCAGUGUUGUGGAUGAAAAUAUGAGCUGGUACCUUGACACAAACAUCCACAGUUAUUGCUCGAAACCGGACACAGUAGAUAUAGAGGAUGAGGACUUCCAGGAAAGCAACAAAAUGCACGCUGUCAACGGCUACCUUUUUGGAAAUUUACCUGCUCUCGACAUGUGUCUCGGAGAUUCAGUGUCCUGGCAUUUGUUUGGAAUGGGUAAUGAAGUCGACGUCCACUCGGCAUAUUUUUACGGUCACACAAUCACUAACCAAGGGCACAGAGCUGAUGUUAUUAGUCUAUUUCCUGCAACAUUUGUCACCGUGGAAAUGAAACCCUCAACUGUUGGAACUUGGAUGUUAAGUUGUCAAGUGAACGACCACAUACAAGCUGGAAUGAUGGCAUUUUUUAACAUUGGAACAUGUGGAAAAACCUUAACAUCACACAUGGGAGGAAGUGUAAGAAAAUACUUUAUUGCUGCUGAAAUGACUUUAUGGGAUUAUGCACCAACGGGUCAUAAUGCAUUCACCGGUGAUCUGUUAAAUGACUCAGACAGUUCUGCAAUAUUUUUUACAAAGCAAAUUGACAGAAUAGGAGGUACAUAUUGGAAAGUUCAUUAUACCCAGUACACUGAUGAAACCUUUAAUGUCCAGAUACAUGCUUCUGAAGCUGAAAAGCAUCUUGGAAUCCUUGGACCAGUCAUAAAAGCAGAAGUAGGAGAUACAAUCGUGAUUGUUUUUACUAACAAAGCAGAUCGUGACUACAGUAUCAUGCCUCAUGGAGUGUCUUUCAACAAGGAUUCUGAAGGCGCAGGAUAUGCAGAUGGUUUUGAGAAAGGCGGAUCUCAUGUAGGCCCCGGGCAGAGCUUCAGGUACACUUGGAAAGUUACUGAAAAUGAAGGACCUACAAACAGUGAUCCAAAUUGUCUCACUUACCUGUACUAUUCAGCUUCUGAUCCAGUCAUGGAUACCAACUCUGGUCUAGUAGGACCUCUUCUAGUCUGCAAAAAGGGAUCGCUCAAUCCUGAUAACACACAGAUACAAGUUGAUAAAGAGUUCUAUCUAUUGUUCACAGUCUUUGAUGAGAAUUUGAGUUGGUACCUUGAGAAAAAUAUUAAUAUGAUUUCUGAGAAUCCUGAAACCAUUGACAAAGAAGAUGAAGAUUUCAUGGAAUCAAACAAAAUGCAUGCUGUAAACGGCUUCAUGUACGGUAAUUUGCCAGGCUUGGAUUUGUGCAGAUUGGACAACGUAUCUUGGCAUCUACUUGGACUUGGCACAGAGAUAGAUAUACAUGGAGUUUAUUUUGAAGGAAAUACACUUCAUUUAGGAGGACUGACAAGGGACACCAUUAGCCUCUUUCCUCAUACGACAAUAACUGCAUACAUGCAGCCAGAUACAGUUGGUAGAUUUGAAGUGAGUUGCCGAACAACUGAUCACAAUAUAGGUGGCAUGAAACAGCUGUAUAAGGUAUCUGAAUGCUCUGAUUCUUCACCCCCGGAGACUCAGUAUGGCGUUGUAAGAAGCUACUUUAUUGCAGCUGAAGAGAUGGAAUGGGAUUAUUCACCUGAUAGGACAUGGGAACUUGAAAAGCAUGACGCAGUGGGUCAGGAACAUGACAGCCCUGGGCAUAUUUUUGUAAAUACUGAAGAAGACCGUAUUGGCUCCAAAUAUAAGAAAGUGAUUUACAGGGAAUAUACAGAUGGACAAUUUUCAGAGUUAAAACAAAGAACACAGGAGGAAGAGCACCUAGAAAUAUUAGGCCCAUUCAUUCGUGCAGAAGUUGGAGACAGCAUUGUGAUUGUAUUUAAGAAUAAAGCCACACGACCAUAUUCAGUACAUGCUCAUGGUGUUGUGCAGGUAUCUCGGAGUAAUGAAAAAUUAACAACACAUCCUGGUGGCACGAACAUCUAUAGAUGGAAUGUCCCUGAGAGAUCUGGACCUGGACCAAAUGACCCGGAUUGUCUAACUUGGGCUUAUUAUUCAACAGAAGAUGUUAUCAUGGAUCUCUACAGUGGACUGGUGGGACCAUUAGUAACGUGUAGAAAAGGAGUUCUGGACCCUGAAGGGAGAAGAAAAGAUGUCGCUCGUGAAUUUGCUCUUUUGUUUUUAGUGUUUGAUGAAAACCAAUCCUGGUACUUAGAAGAUAACAUCCAACAUUAUAUUCACAAAGAUCCCAGUGAGGUUAACCGCACAGAGGAAUUUGAAGAAAGCAAUAAAAUGCAUGCAAUUAAUGGGAAGAUCUAUGGAAAUCUUCAUGGGCUGACAAUGGCUGAAGGUGAAAAGACUAACUGGUACUUGAUUGGUCUUGGAAAUGAAAUCGAUAUGCACACCGUGCACUUCCAUGCUCAGAGCUUUACCUAUAAGAAUGACAAAGAACACCGAGCUGAUGUGUACGACCUGUUUCCUGGGACAUUUCAGACCAUAGAACUAGUGGCUGGUAACCCUGGAAUGUGGCUUUUGCAUUGCCAUGUAGCAGAUCACAUACAUGCUGGCAUGGAAACAACGUUUACAGUAAAAGAAAGAUCAGAGCCAGAUAAUGUUCCGCCAGCUGGCUACCCUACUGGAAUACCGUUCCUGGGGAAGGAUCUCUCUGGCAGGGAAGCAUACAUAGCCCUAAUAUCUCUUUUAGCAAUUGGCCUUGUUUUACUAGCGCUGCUAUUGAUACUAUUGACUGUUCUUAGUUGUGCAAGAAAAAGGAUGUACUACAGCACAAUUCAGAACGGAUCACUUCCAAUUAAUAAUCUAUGAAUACAAUGUGAUGUCCGAUGGCACAGAAAAUAAUAAGCCGAUGGACUUGCACUGUAAUAUUUUAGUUCUGUUAUGUUUACAACCUCAGAAUUGCAUUUUAUGAACUGUACAUGUGAUUGUUAAAACUAAUGUUUAUUUACACUGGACACUUUAUAAAUAUAUUGUGUUAUGUUUCUGGUGUUUAAGGGAUCCUGCCACCAUAUUAA